UUAGCUCCAUAGAGCACACAUCUCGAAAAAGUUUUAUUUUUCUAUUUUUUUGUGUAAUUUUUUGUUUGUGUGUCUAUCUAAAGAACGUUUAGACUCUUUUGAAAGUCAGUGUCAAAAUUCAACGUAUUUAAGCACACAGCGUCAUCCCUCUCCCUUAUAUACACCGACGCCCACACACCCAUACACCCACAACCACACCUCUAUAGACAUCAAAUAUGAGCAGCACUAAGAAGUUUGGUCUGAGCAGCAGCAGCGCCCAGAAUGCCUUCAGCUCAAUGCGAAAUUUCUAUCAGAGUCACGCGAUUGCGGGUGCAGCAAACAAUGUUUUUCAGCUGCAACAGCAUCAGCAGCAGCAGCAGCAACAGCAGCAGCAAAAGCAGCUGGUUAAGGCGGCGGCGAAAGGUGCGCGCCUAGGUAACUGGAAGGUGGAGCGCACCGGUGCGCAAAGGGUGUCUAAUGUGGGACGCCUGAGCAAGGUGAUAGGCGUUAAGAAGACUCUGGUUAACCAGAUGCAGGGCAUGGUGCAGACACUGCGACCAAAACUGAGAUCGCAAGGGAUUGUGAUGCAGGGCGUGCCGCAGACUAGCGCCAAGUAUAGAAUAUACGGACAGACAAAGCUCUUCUCCUCGAUGAGCAGCCUGCAGGCGCGCAGCAGCUGCAGCAGCAGCAGCGCCCUCUUCAACCCCGUCGCCCAGAGGCGUCACCUGUCCAGCAGCAGCAGCCACCAGUCGCUGUCGCUGCCGCUGACCCACAGCUCCGUUGUGCAGCAGCGUUACAAUCAGGCGGGCGUUGUGCAGGAGAAGCGUAACGGAGAGCUGGCCAGAGACAUUAGUCGUUCCAUACAGUCCGAGCUGAUGCAGGUCGAUCCGAACACAAAGCGGCUCAUCAGCUGCGCUCGCGGCAAAUCGGACCUGGCCAGCUACGAGGACGACGACGUCAACGAUGAGGAGCAGCAACAUCAGCAACAUCAGCAACUGCAGCAGCAGCAGCAGCAGAAACUGCAGCAGCAGCUGCAAAUACAGCAAUUCCAUCAGCCGUUGCAUUACGAUCCGCUCGAGGGCUGGAAUCACCCGCGUCCGUUGAAACAUGUCGAAACGAUGAGAACCGCCAACGAUGACAAUCUCGCCAAACAACGCAAGCCGCUGCGCCGCAAGCCGACCAACAUACGCUACAAGGACGACAGCGGUGAGCAGCAGACAGUCAAACAGCAGUUUGUCCAGCCCAGUCUGCACAGCCGUAAGCUGCAGGCCCAGCUGGGCGAGCUGUACUCAAGCUCCGCGAAACUGCGCUCCGAGAAGCAACGCAGCGACCUGCGCAAGCAGCAGCACUUUCAGAGUUCGCUUUCCUCUGAGCUGUUGGCGACGCCAAGCAGCUGGGAUCGGGAUAUGUUGACGCACGAUGAGCGCUAUAAGCAAAAGUCAUCCGAGCGCGAGUAUAUCGAGCGCAAUGUCCUAAAAACUGAACAAGAUGAGGCCGUGGCAGCUGCGGCGGCCGAUGCCGCCGGCAGUCGCAUGGAUGAUCUGCAUUAUCAGUCGAAGAUGGCCGCCAAUUUGAUGAGCGCCUCGCAGCGUGUCAUCAACAAACAGUACGAGGGCUAUCGCAACUAUCUGCUGGAUGCGCGCAGCAAGUCCGUGCAGGCAUCGCUGGCCAAGAAUAUCGUUCAGUCGGUCAGUCCAACGCCGCUGGUCAAAGUGCCCAGCAAGCCGCCGGCACCCAAAACCCGUCUCAUGUCGAUGGGCCGCCCCAAUUCUUCCAAGUCGAAGCACACAACGACGUCUAGCCCCAAGGCUAAGGGUGGUCCCAUUGCCGUGCAGUCGAAACGAGUUGCACCCAAAAUGAUGCCCAAAAAGAGCCUGUUCGGGCUGGGACAAUCGAAACAGGACAUGGCCACCAAAUUGGAGAAAACAAUGCGCUCCAAGUCCAAUAGUCCCUCCUGGAGCACCAGCAAUAUACAGCAGCAAAAACAGCAGAAACAACAGCACAAUCAACAGCAGCACAAGCAGCACAAACAGCAGAGGCAGCACAAGCAGCAGAGGCAACAGCCGAGGCAGCACGGAAAUCCUAACCAGCAGCUGCGCCAGAUGUCCCAGGCACCGCAUGGAUCCCAAAUGCGUUUGGGCGAGAUGCGCGAAUCCCAAAAGCCAGAUGAAGAUUAUACGCGCGAAAGGUUGCAAAAUGACGUUCUGAUGCCAAACGAAUAUACCAAAGAGUCGGCGGUGCAGCGUUUGGGCAAUAUAUUCGAAAAGCGCACCAGCCACGCCCACUAUUCGCAGCAGCGCGCACGCCAGUAGUUACUGGGCGGCCUUAAAAAAAGGACGACGACAAAGAUUCACUGAAAACUCCUCUCAAAUGUCAGUUUUUUAAACAUCAACCUGAAUGCAAGCCCGCAAUUCGAAUGGGCAUGAUCUUCCAAUAUAGCCGUGCAGUUCGAUAGAGCUCCCAAAUUAAAUUUAACAAAAUUUUGUCCUGUUUAAAGACUAUUCACACAAACGUUUACUGUCCCAAAUUUUAUCCCGGUAUAUGUAGCAUCAAAUAAAUAAAUCUAGGCGAAUACAAAAUGCAA